AUGGGAGAGGAGCUCAAGCUGCGCGAGCAGCGCAUUGACGUGUCUGUAGAGGACUUUCGAGAGAAAAUCGUCUAUGGCUCGACAUCGCUCUGCAUCGAAGUCGGGGCGGGGGCCGCGACCGCCGUCGCAGCCGCGUUGGAGGCGAGUGAGCAAGAGGAACAAGCGAGGGCGAGGCGCGACGGAAAACGCGAAGAGAGCGCGGCGCUGAAACCCGUCGUCCUGCCUCUCCAGGUCCCCCCCGCCUGCGUCGUGACCGGCAUAUGGGUGGAUGACCUGCCGGCUGUCUUCAGCGUGCCGCCCUGCGGAGAGGACGAAGACAGUUUUCGUUUGUCGUCUCUCCUUGGGGAUGAAGAUGGCGUUCACUUUGAUCUUCUGACUCUGAGACUUCGUGCCGCCAGAGAGACAGUGCGGCAUGAUGGCGAGAGGCAACUCCUGGUUCAGCUCCCCAACAAAACUGCGCGGCGAUUUCAGUCGCGCGCGAGACAGCGUCUGCGUAUUUCCGUAGACUUCAAGUUAGUGAACCCGACACACCGCCGCUCGUCGCUGUACUUCUCAGAGCACUGGCUGCGGCCGCCGCAGGGCAGCUACCGCCUCUACCGUCUCCUUCUGAGCUCGCAGGCGCCGGCGUCGCUGCCCUGGUUCCCCACGCUGCCGGCUGCGGCGUACUCGGCGCCGCCGCCCGACGCCGCGGCGCCGCAAAAGCCCGCGCAGGGGAGCAAAUCGGCAAAGGAUGGGCCUUCUGCCUGUUCGCGCUGCCGCUGGAUUGUCUCCCUGCAAGUUCCCGAAGGCAACGUGGGCGUGGCUCCCGGGCGGCUGGUCCAGCGCGCGCGGGUCUGGCGCCCAAGGCGGUCGAACGCCGCGGACGAGCCCGCGCGGGCCUUGGGGGGCGGGGCGGAGGGGGUCGCGGGGGCCGCGGUCCCGUCGCCUGUCGAGGCCGCGGAGAAGUUGCGUUUUGAGCGCUUUCUCUUCGUCGUGGAGCCGCCGCCGAAGAAGGCGAGCGUGCCAGAAUCGGGCAAGGCGGCGCGCUCGUCUUCGGCACAUGUGCCGCUGCUGCCGCCGCAGGUUGGGCUCUUCGCAGGGCCCUUUGUCGCGCUGGACGGUAACAGCCAAGAGGCGGUCGCGUACCCCGUGACAGCGGCCUCCAUCGGGCUCGCGAUGCAGCAGACGCCUCUGAAGAAGACGAAGGCGACCGACAGCGCGUUCGCCUUCUUCGACGGCGAGGAACCCCGGGGCGACGGCGACGACGCGCAGAAGGCUGAAGAAGACGCGCGCGACGCUGAGAAAGCCGACGAGGCGCGAGACGACGACGAGGAGGAAGACGACAACCGCGAGAAAAACCCAGACGGCGACGCCGGCGCGGAAUCGGGAGGCGACGAUGACAACGACAGCCUCGUCAGCGGCGUGCGAAGCGAGACACAUCCGUCGUCCGCGCCAGCGCCUCCGCCUGCAGCCGGCGAGGCGCAGGGCGCCGGGGUCUGCGCACCGACUGGCUGUCAAGGCGCUGAAGCGGAGGACGUGGAGCCCGAGGGAGAUAAAGACGCAAGCGGCCAGGAUGACGGCGCCACUAGCGCCUCGCAAGAGGCGAAGGGAGUCGACGUCGAGUCGGCGGAAAGUGAACGCCUCGCCAAUGUGCCUGUCGUCACUUACGUCACCCUAAAGGGCUUCGAGAAUCUUAUCAGCCCCACUACUGCUACCAUCCCGCUGUGCUUCCGCGUCUACUCCCGGGCCUUCGCGUCGCCUUCGCCGUUUCCCUCUCUGCUUUUUCUUUUUUUGCCGGUGGCGGUUGAGGGCGGACAGAGCUGGGCUCUGCCCUCGGUGUCUUCGCUCGAUGCCGCCGCGACAGCAGAGACAAGCGACGAAGCCUCGCGGGGUCUCACCGAAGUCGCCGACACGUCCGCAGCGGACACGGCCAUUGGCGCCGACCUGAACAAAGGGCAGCUUCCGCAGUUCUACAUCUUUCGCAAUCUCCUCGUCUUUCCCUUCGAUCUCCUGCAUACCGAGGAGCAAGUCGGGGUGGACGAGAGCUGCUACGCCGCGCGCAUUUUGAUCGCCGAGGGCCUAGCGUCUGCGUGGCUCGACAUCUUCACGUUCUUCUGGUGCUGCAGCGACCAGAAGAAACAAAUCGACGGCUUCUCAAUCUUCCUCGGAACCGUCAAACUCCUCGUGGAUCUCUUUAUCCAGGCGAAUUUUGGUUCAGUCGAGUUGAAGGUUCGUCGGUGGGAGCGGCUGCUGCGGUACGUGGCGCUCGUGGAGGCUGGCUGCGAGGAGUUUCCUCUCGACGCGGGUUCGCUGUCUGCCUCUGCGCCGCUCGCGCAGGCCUCCGUCUCCACGCUGGUGCCCGGCGUCAGCCAGCUGCACUUCUCAGAGAUUUACCAUCUGAAAAGCAGCAUCGCCUUCCACGCGCUUGACCGACUGCUGGCCUCGCAUUCGCUGCUCCCCAGACAGUUCUUCUUCCAGUUCCUCAUGCGCAGCUACAUCCCCCUCCUGGGCCGGAAGCGCGAGCCGCCAAACACCGACCGAUUCUGGAAAAAACUCCUCUUCCAAGUUACGCUGCAGUACAUCAACUAUUGGAACAGGCGCCCCGUGAACAGCCAGGGCGGCCGCCAGCGCCUGCGCCUCAAGGAGAAGAAGAAGAAGACUUGGGGCGUCGCGGCGCUGGGGUUGCAGGUCGAUGGCGAAGAGCGCGUCGUGGACGUCAAUCCGCAGGACCAUGACGUGCUCACGCAGCUCGAAGAAGCUCUCGUCUCGUUUCGCAGCGCGUUCAUCAGCGGGACGGGCUGUCCACAGCUGACGCUGUCGUUCAUCAUCCAGCUGCAGCGCAAGGGUUCCUCGAUGGACUUUUUCAACUUCUACCUCGACCUCCUCUCGCUGCAGCCGCCGGCGUCGCUCGCCACCUCUCUGGCGCUGCCUCGCGCGUUUGCGCGCCUGCAGAAGUCCGUUGAAAAGCGGCGCGCCCGCGGCCGGGAGACUGCGGCGGAGCUGCAGGCCGCUGAGGCACUCGCCUCCUUCUUCUUCACUCGGCGCGACCCCGACCGGCGGGGCGGAGACGACGAGGCGCUGGAGCCCAAGGCCCGCGCCGGCGGCGCCGGGGGGCGCCCGUCCCGGCCGAAGCGGAGGGAGCAAGAGAGAGAGAGAGACGCCGCCGAAGAGGAGCGUCGGCCUUCGUUCUUCCGCGCAGAUUUAGCGGGCCUGGCGGCCUUCAACCUCUGGCAGGCCUACGAGAUCUGCCGGGUGCGACAGCAGGCGGGCGUCGACGUCCUCUCGGCGGCGCAGGACGCGAGCCCGCUCUCGAGUUGGGAGCUCCUUCUGCAGCGCAGCCUCUUCCCCACGCUCAAGCUCGCGCACGCCGCGUCGCCUCCGCCCGUCUCGGCGGCGUUUUUAAGCCGUAGCUUUUGCUGGAGUGAGCAGCAGACGCAGGAAUUCUUUGCGCGUCUCGUCUUCGCCUUCUGCGUGCCGCCAGGCGCCGACGGCGACCGCGGAAAGGCGCCUCAGGGCCUCAAGGUGGACGGAGGCCAGCCGGCCGCUCAGGGUUGCGACGACAUGCGCGGACGCGCCGCCUCACCGGAGGGCGCCUCGCCCUGCGCGGCCGUUUUUUUUUCUACGCUCGCCGCGGCUUCGUCCUCGUCGCGGGCCGCCGGCUCGCCGUCGCCGGCCGGCUUUCUUGCGCAGGUGCUUUCGGUGUCGCUUCCGCGCGUGCGAGACGCGGCGUCGUUUCUGCUGCUUUCGCCGGGUGCCUCGCUUUCGGCGCUGCUGUACCUGCCGCAGCGCGUGUACGACCCCGUUGACGUCGUGGGGCGGGACGGCAACUUCAUCCUUGGCUUCGGCUACUCGGGGGAGACUCCCGCAGUCUUCAACGCAGGCCGCGGCGGGCUGUGGGCGGCGACUCGCGAGGCGCUCAAGACGCUGCAGCGGAAGGGUGAGCGCAGGCGGCGAAGCGCGGGCCGCAGGCGGCGCAAAUUCGGCAAAGGCGAGCGCGAGGAGGAGCGCGACCUCGAGCGGGACGACGACGACGACUCAGAAGAGGAAGACCUCGACGGGAAAAAGCGGAGGCGCCGCCGCGAGAAAGAGGAGGACGACGACGCACUCGAGCCGCUGGGGCUCGACGGAGGCAAAGCCGCGGGCGAACUCGGCGAAGGCGACGAGGAGAGGCGACGCGACGCGCUCGGAGCCGAGGGCGCCUGGGACGAGGAGGGCAUCACCGAAGAAAAAUUCGCUGCUGUCUGUGUCGACAGCGAAACCGCGCCUCCGACACUUCCAGUCGUCACCACCGGCGGCCUGCCGUUUUGGGCCGUUUUGCUGCACCAGCGCGAGCACCUCUCGCGACUUCGUUUUCGCCUGCUUGCCCACGCAACGGCGGCGCGGGGUGGCACCGCCCGUUCGGCGUUUUCUCCCUCUUUUUUCGCGUCUGCCGCCCGCGGCAAGGACGACGCGCUGCUGCUGUCGCCCGCAAACCUCGGCGCGCUGCUCUGCGCGUCAGUCGGCUACGAGAAAUACUGGCUACCCGCCCUCUGUUUGCAGGUUGUGGAGGACGACGGCAUUCGAACCUCCAUCGUUCGCCUUCGCGAGGGCGUCCUCCCGCUCAGAUUCGCCCUUGACCCGCGCGCCGAACGAGGGAGAAAGAAAGUGGCGCUGCGCGGCGACCGCGCGCUCCACGGCACGUCCAGCAACAAACUGAUGAUGAAGGCGGCGGACGCAGCGGCUGCGGCGACCGAAGCGCCGGCGGCAGCCGCCGCGGCCGCGUCGGGCGUGAGCGCAGUCGAGGGCGUCUCGCCUGGAGGCGCGACCGCGUGCGGCGCGGACGGGCCCGGCGCCGGGGGACGCGCCGGCGGAGGCUUCGCGGGCGCAGACCAGAUCCGGUUCACGGGGGAGCUGAGCGCGAGCGACCGCGGGCUGAUCGAGGCUUUGAAGCGCUGCGUGGUCGCGAAACACCCUUCUCUGCUCUCGCUGGACAACCGCUCUCUCGUGGCGAAAAUAAAUAGUAAAACCAAGCUGCCGGUGCUCUGGCUGCGCGCCGACCCGAUGCAAGUCUGGAUAGGCCGCAUCCGGAGGUGUCAGAGCGGCAGCAUGUGGGAACAGCAGCUGCUGAAUGACGUGAACAUCUACGCGCAACUCGAGGCCGCGCUGGCGCUGGGACGCUUUCGCGCGGGCGACGACGUGCUGGGCACGCUCUCCGAUCCUCCACAGGGGUCGGCGGCUGCGCUGCCGCACCACCUGCCCCGGGGCGAGCGCGGGGAACUCGCCGCGAACUUCCUGGCAGGCGCCGACGCGCUAGCCAGAGACGCAGUCCAGGCGCUCUCCCGCGCCCUCGCCUCGCACCGCUGGCAUCCGUUUCUCAGGUCGCGCGUGGCGUAUGCGCUCUGCUUCCUGCACAACCGCGUGCGUAGCGAGCAGCUCGCCGUCUGGUCAGCGUUCGUCGCCUACAUGCACACCUUCCACUACGACAAUCUAGGCGAGGAGGACCGCAUCCAGCACGCCGCGGCGCGCAUGUCGCUGCUAAACGCGGGGGGAGGCGGCGAGGCCUCGGCGUCGCCGAUGCUCCAGCGGGCCUUCUCCCCCGCGAGUGCUGAAGAUGGCCGCGGCGCAUACGGCGACCGCGCGGCCCUGGCGGGCUCGCCGACGCCCCAGGGGGGCGAGGGCAUGGGCGGGACGUUCUUCCGCAUCGGCGAAGUCGCGGCCUCCACCCCCGAGAUGCGCUUUCUGCGGCAUUUCUACGCGGCAGUCUCGCUGCUUCGCGAUGCCGACGGCCUGACCCGCCCUGAAGCUAUAGAGAUGCUUCUUCAGCCGCUGGUGUCGACAAACACAGGCGGCUCAUCGCCCUCGGAGUCGCAGGUUUCGGGCCUUCCGGCGGCAUCGACUGCGGAGACUGAGCAGGAGGACGAAGCCGAGGCGGAGGGAUCCGCGUCGAGUCCGCUGGGCAGGAACGGCGAGGCGCCUCGAAGCAGCAAAGAAAAGGAAACUCACGACAAAGGAGCGAAAACGGCGUCAGUCGACCUUCUCUGGUUCAUCGCCUCCGUCGUCGACUGCUUCGGGAACAUCAAGUGUCCCUACACCCCGUACCCCGCGUACGCGGAGACCAAACACCCGUACUUCAGCUUUCUCUACGAGCAGCACAACCCGCUGGCGUCCUCUGCGGCUAUGAGGAACGGCGAGUCACUGCGAGGGCGAGAGGAAGCCCGCAGUGAAGCUGUUCGAGACGAGCGAUCUGCCGAAGGAACACACGCAGGGCAGUAUGGGCCUGCAGCGGCAUCCCCUCCGCGCCUGCUGGGGGAUGCGGCCUGUAAGUGCGCAGACCUGGGCCUUGGGUUCUUUCUUUCUGCCGUGCUCUCUCGCGCGUCGCCGACUCACAGCGCGUUCGCGUCCGACGCCGAGUGGGAGUCGUUCGUCACGCGGAACGCGCGCGGCGUGGAAGUUGCCUGGCUGAAUCUCUGGCGCGUCUUCCGGCUCGACAGCGUGCGCUCGCUUGCGUCGCCGCGGCACGCCAUCAGCUGCGCGUUUCUCCGCACGAUCAGCCGCCAGCCGACGCUGCGAGACCUCGCGCGGCGGCGUCUCCUCCGCGUCCCGUUUUCUCCUUUCUCGCGGCUCAGGCGCGAGGGCAGCGCGACCGUCGCGGGCGCGUCGCCGUCCGCGCCGCGCGCUCUGGUGCCGCAGCUGCUUCUUUUCCUCUCGGGAGAGAAGGGCGCGGCUUCGCGAAAGACGGCGCUCCUCUCUCAAAUUGAUGACCGCCAUCGCGACCUUUGGAGCAGCGGCGAAGAGACAGAACGCGACGAAGAGCCUGUGGAAGAACUCGAAGAGCAGACGCCGCUAGAUUUUCUCAUUUUUGUGCCGCUGCGCACCCACGACAUUUACCUCAAGGAGAAGGCCUACAGCGCCUACGAACUCCACUACGCGUACCACGACUUCGCGGUCCACAGAGAGGCGAUUCGCGCGCAGCUUCUCGUCUGCUGCGAGGGUGCGGUGCGCGUCUACCGUGUGCCGCUGACGUCUCCGCCCAGCGCGAAGGGGAGGAGCUCUUCGCGCGCCUCCGCGUCUGCGGCGGCCUCCAGCGACAGCUCAGUGCGGACGAAACGCGAGGCAGAGAGCGGCCGAGGCGCAGACGGUGGCGCGGACCGGGGGUGGGCGCCCUCAGAGCGCGGCGUGCAGGAUGCGUGGAGCCGGAGGGAGAGUCAAAUACGCGAACAGAGAAGAAACCUAGGAGGCUUCAACGAGGCGUAUACCCUCGUCUCGAAGUUCGUGUCGCCCGAGGAACAGACAAAGCGAGCUCAGUUGGGUUUGGGCAUCUACACGGCGCUGCAGUGUGCGGUGGAGAUGGAGAGACUUCUGCGGCACGAUGAGGCGCGUCUGCCGAUCACAAUCUGGGAAGUCUUCGUAGAAGUCCUCGAAGAGCUCCGCGUGCGCAGCCCGACGCUCUUCUUGCCCUUCUCGACGCACCUCGUCGAGCUCCACUCGGGAACGUGCCCGCCCCCCCUGCAGGCCCCGCGCGAGACUGAGUCUUCGGCGGCGAGUUCGCAAACGGCACCGGGGGUCUCGACCCCCUGCGCGUCUCGCGGCGUGUCCUUCUGCAGCGACGCGGCGGGCGCGCAUCGCCCGGCCUUCUGCGGCGCCCUCGGGUGCCUUGGUCCUGCCUGUUCGCCGCUGAUUCCCGCGACGCCGCUGCCGCCGUCCCUGCGGCUCGCCCUGUCUGGCGAGGCGGAGGGCGCUGCGAGCUCCGCGGCUUCCCUCUCUGCGCGCCUCCAGCAGCAAGCGCUGUUGCAGGACCACGUGAUCAGCGUCGCGCUGACGGUCAGCCAGGCCGCCAGCGCCUACCUGAGUUGCUACCUCGCGAGCGAGGCGCGGGCGGCGGCCGCGGGGAACCGAGCGGCCUUCGCGCAGAAGCUGGGCUACGCGCAACGCGUGCAUGCGUUCCUCUUUGGCGUCGAUCUCCCCUUCGCCAUGCACCCGGGACCUGCGCAGCUCGCUAGAUACGCGUGCGGCGCCGCGUGCAGCGCAGACCCUGCGGAAAGCGUCUCCGCAGCGGCGGCUGCCUGGGCGCCAAGCGACGGCGCGUCUCCGCUCUGGUCGUCCGCGCCGCGGCCGGGCGCGGCCGCGGGGGUGGCGGCUUUCUGUUUGACGCCAGAGCCCGGAGGCGACGAGGCGGCGACGUCGCCGGCACCAGAGAAGCUGAUUCGUCUGGCGGGCGCGGGCGAGCUGUGCGCAGUCGACGACGACGCGGCGGCGGAGUACGCGUUGUGCCUGCAGGCGGGCUCUCGGCAGCGAAAGAUGUGGACGUUCAAGCGGAAAUACAUGGACAACGCGCAGCACACGGCGCACUGGGUCGACGUGGCGAUUGAGGCGGUGGGCGCGCUGAUGGAGAUGCCCGAGGCCGUCUGGUUCGUGCCAGACCCGGAGACGACCGUGAACGAGUACCGAGCAGUGAUUCAGGAGCCCAUGUGGCUAAAGAAAGUCCAGGCAAAGCUGAAGGCGCGCCUCUACAAGCUGCCGUACCACUUCAAGCAGGACGUCGCGCUGAUCUUCCGCAACGCACGGACCUUCAAUCGCCCAGAAGACCGGCCCUACCGCGACUGCUGCGUAGUCGAGCAGAAAUUCAACCGCCUCUGGGGCUGCAUCAACCAGGCCUUCCAGCGCGCCGCAGCCAAGUCGCAAAAAACGGGCUCCGACCUGGCUGCGCAGCGGCAGACGGUGGGUCAUUCCGCCUCCGCGUACGCGGACGGCGCAUCUACGGUGGGCGCCGGCAGCUACCCGCAGAGCCACGUGCACAGCCAGCCCCCGCAGAUGAGCUACGAGCAGCAGCUGCUCGCGUCGACUCUGACCGUGAACGGGACUCUCGCGGGGGGCGGCUUGGGCAUGCAUGCUCCGCGCGAGUAUGGCGACGCAGGCGGGGUGGGCGUGCCUUCGCUCGGCGCGCCGCUGCACGUGCCUGACGCUCACGCCGAGGCGCUCGCGGGUGCAGUGUUCUACGGACAGCCCGCGCAUCUGGGGGAAGACGGCCUCCAGUAUGGCUUCAUGCCACCGGGAAUGCCCCCGUCGCGACCCACGACAGACUGCUAA